AUGGCCGCUCCAAUAUCUGCGACAGACGACACAAGUAUUACCUAUGAUCACAUAUAUAAUGGCUGUAUCAACAAUCCAGAUGGGGGAGAUGCGAACCCCGAAGGAUGCUAUUUUUUCCUACCAAACAACAUGGUCGAGUCAUUGAUGCAACCGGAAAGCGUGAGAUCAACUUUGCGUGAACAUAUCAAAGAGAUGACCCCUGAGGAUAUUGAUGAAUUAGCAAAAUAUGUUAUGGCCCACGCAAAGCAAGUAUUUCUCACUUUGGUGUUUUCGAACACCGUCAAUGCAAUGAAAAAUCUCCAAACUAGGGGGUUCAAGGAUGAAGAUCUUCCUGUAUGCAUCAAGUCUCGCAAAAUAUGCAAAAUCAACUCGGAUGCGCCCCUGGAAUGUUUUAAGGAUUGGAAGUGGAGCGACAUUGACAGUUUUUGUCACAAACAAUGGAUUUUCCUGGCUCCAGUAUUUCAUGAGAAAAAAUUCAUAUACGGGUUUGAUGGGAAGCAUCGGCUCCCAUAUUCAUCAGCAAAGCAAUCUGGCGAUGGUUCAGGGCAUUUCGGUGAAGUCCGGAAGCUACAACUCCAUUAUGCGCAUUAUCAACAGGGAGAAUAUGUGAGUUGUGGCUCUUUCGACGUAGCUGUAAAGCGCCUAUUUCAGAAUGGCCAGCAGACAGACGUGGACAAGUUUUAUGAGAAGGAAAGACAUACGCUGGAGACAAUGAAAGAAUUGAAUAACAAACAUCUGAUCAAAGCCAUUGCUACAUAUACCAAAGGGAAUGACAAGUUUUUCCUGUUCCCAUGGGCUAAUGGGGGGAACCUUCAAGAUAUGCUGAAAUCCAGCCGAGGAACACUGGACAAAAACCUGGUAGCAUGGGUUCUAGAUCAAAUUGUCGGCCUUUCAGAAGCUAUCAAAGCUCUCCAUGAUAAAAAUAUUCGGCAUGGAGAUAUCAAGCCGUCCAACAUUCUUUGUUCGGGGCCUGGUACUGGAAAUCUUAAUGAAUCUACUCUGAUAAUAGCCGAUGUUGGUCUCGCGAAGCAGCACGAGAUGUAUACUCGCUAUCGGAACAACACGACGACAACCAGACACGGCAGUAUCACAUACGAGCCUCCAGAAGUAUCUCCAAAGAGGCAACUCAAGACUUUGUCUCGAAAGUAUGAUAUAUGGUCAUUGGGUUGCGUCUUCUUGGAACUCAUCAUCUGGGCUGUUUACGACAUUUUGGAAGAAGCUGGUCCCGGGGGUGCCGAACAAAUCCAUUCUGCCAUUGGAAUAUGGACUAAAAGGCUGAGAGGCGAUCUCAAGGGUUCAUCGGCAUUUAGUGACGUAAUUACGCUCAUCGAGGAAAAGCUUUUAAUCAUAUCAGACAAGGAGCGAGCAGAUUCUAAGGCAGUGGUAAAAUCACUGGAGACAGUCCGAGGGAAGGUUCCGGAACAAGAUUAUCUGUUCAAUCCCCAGCUGGAAGAACUGGCAAGCGGCAAGCGAUUAUCCACGUCUAAUGAACCUGGCAUAAAGGACGUUAAUCCUUCAACGCAACUGCGGCCCACUAGCUUUUACAACAGAUGGCGAAACGCAACAGAGAACAAUUGGGCCAAAUCUUUCAUAACUCGACUUCAGAGUUCAUUCCGUCCAACAAGGCACGUAUCGAAGCCUUGUCAAUUUGAUCGAAUAUUUGAUUUUGGGUCGCCAUCCCUAGAUUCUGCCCUAAGAAUUGACCAUUUAGAACCUGAUGCGACCGACUGUUCGCUGUGCCACUUACUAGCCCUCUGUCGUGCAAAAACCAAUCCGAAUUUUGGGGAACCUAUGGAGCUUUUUCGGGACGACGCUUCUCACGUAGUGAGAAGCUCCCCUGUUGGGCCUCCUAUGAUCUCAAUAUAUUCUGAUCCAGCAUCCGGAUUUGUUCCAACAUACGCCCAGUGUGGGCUUCCAUACCUUCCAGAGUCUCCUAACACACAAUUUAGGCUUCUAAACCAGUGGAUUCGCCUUUGUGAUGAAACACAUGAUUGUAUGCCACUGCAAGAAACUGCAGCUAUAAGUAACAAUAUGCCUACGAGAGUCAUAGAUGUUAGGCACGAUUCCAUUCGCCUUGUCGAAACCAGCAACAUGACUAAUGACCAUUAUGUGGCAUUGAGUCAUUGCUGGGGAAAACUCAAGAAAGAAGAGAGAUUCUGCACGUAUGCUCACAAUAUUGAAGCCCUGAAGAUGAAUAUUCCCUAUAAAGCGUUACCCAAGACCUUCCAGGAUGCAGUAACAGUUACUCGUGCGUUAGGUAUUCCGUAUCUCUGGAUCGACUCACUUUGCAUCAUUCAAGAAGAUGAAAAAGACUGGGAAUUAGAAGCCGCUAGGAUGGAAGAAGUCUUUAGCUUUGCAUAUUGUACGAUUGCUGCGAGCCGCGGAACUUCUUCUCUUAGUGGAUUCCUUGGCAAGCGAAGGCCUAGAGCCUACGCCAAAAUCCAGACAUCAGGCGGGCCGUUAUAUCUUGCCGAAGCUAUCGAUGAUUUUCAUGCAGACGUUGAGCAGAGCGAAUUGAGCAAACGAGGUUGGGUACUACAGGAGAGAGCACUUUCCCGCCGUACAAUAUACUUCACGGCAACUCAAAUAUAUUGGGAAUGUGGCCGAGGCAUAUUUUGUGAAAGCUUGGCUGCCCUACGUAAUCCUCAAUCACAAGUCUUAAGUGACUCCAACUUUCCAGUGUCUAGUCUCAAAUACCAUACAAAUGAUCGUAUACGACUUAUUCAACACAUCAAUCACACUUAUAGCAAACUUCACCUUACUGUGGCGACCGAUCGUCCAAAGGCCAUCCUUGGCUUACAAAGUCGAUUGGCUCGCACAUUUGGGUCUAAAGCCUGCUACGGUAUCUAUGAACGAUAUCUAGAAAGGACUCUGCUUUGGGAAGCUGAGGAGCCCGGUGAUCUUUCUCGUAUACCAUAUAAAGACAGCAGAUCUAUACCUUCUUGGUCUUGGAUGGCGUACACUGGGAAGAUACGAUAUAUGGAAAUUCCUUUCGACCUGGUCCAUUGGACCAGAAACCCCGAGAGCCCUUUCAGGUUUGCGGCCCAAGAGGCUCAAUGCGAUGACCGCCUACAUGCAAAAGCAAACCAACUGUUACUAUUAACUGGUGAAGGAGACCUUUUGAGCAGAGUAAAGGUUGACUCAAAAGAUUAUUCUUUCGAUCAGAAUAGUUGGAAGUGCAUUGUGGUUGGCAAAAGUAAGGCUGCGAACGAGGAUGAAGAGAUUGUUCAUUAUGUCUUGUUGGUCCGUUCAGUGUCGUGCGCUCCUCAGACUUACGAAAGAGUCGGUGUUGGAUCUCUUUUGGCAGGUCAUAUCUCACCAAUCACUGAGUGCAUUUCUGUUAUCUAG